CCCACUUUUGUAUAUUAUGAUUAAAAAUAGAAAGUGAACUUCAUUUGAAGAAAAGGAUAUAAGAAAGAUGAAGUAUUUAAUUAUACUAAGUGUAUUAGGAAUUGUGUGGUGUACCAAUUAUCAUUUAAGAUUAAGAAGAAGUACAACAUGUACCAAAUCAUAUGACUGUACUUCAACCGCACCUUGCUGUAGGGAUGCUAACCAUCAUAUACUUACUGACCAGGAAACACACUUUGAACCGGUUCUAGGUGGUUCAAGUGGAACUUGUUCCAGUGUACUUGGAAAGAAUGGUGACGUUUGUGAUUCUUCUUGUGGAUGCGAAUCAGGUUAUAAAUGUUAUCGGCCAAUGUCUGGAGCGUGCUGUCCUCCAAUGAGAUGUUAUAAUGCCACCUGGGUAGAAGAGCAACAACAUUACUGGGCUAAUUGUCGCCCACCAACAUGUUAUGUACCUCCAUAAUGCAUACCAUAACAAAAUAAACAUA